AGAAUUGGUUGGAUAUUUAGUGGAUAAAAAGUUAGAAAAUUUAAUGUAAAUUUUCUAUUAGCAACGAAUAAGGAGUUGCAAUUCGAGUUUAGCACCAUAUCUAAAACAAAAUCGCGUUCUUUUCGAAGCAGUAUUGGGAUCAUAUAAUUAUAAUAAUGCCCUCAAAACAGAGAAAAAUUGCGAUGAUGGGAUAUAGAUCUGUUGGCAAAUCAUCCUUAAUUAUUCAAUUCGUAGAAGGGCAGUUUGUAGAUUCAUAUGACCCCACAAUUGAAAACACCUUUACAAAGUUCAUUCGACUUAAUUCAACAGAGUAUGAGGUGAAAUUAGUAGACACUGCUGGACAGGAUGAAUACAGUAUAUUCCCUUUACAAUAUAGCAUGGAUUUUCAUGGCUAUGUGUUAGUGUAUUCUAUAACAUCAAGCAAAAGUUUUCAAAUAGUGCAAAUCAUCUAUGACAAACUUUUGGAUAUGAUUGGAAAAAUACAUGUACCCAUUGUAUUGGUUGGAAAUAAAACAGAUCUUCAUUUAGAAAGGAAAAUAAGUACAGAAGAAGGAAAGAGAUUAGCUGAGAAAUGGAAUGCAGCAUUUGUUGAAACAAGUGCCAAACGGAAUGAGUCUGUCACGGACAUGUUUCAUGCAAUGCUGUCAGAAAUAGAAAGAUCUGACGGUCAUAUACCAGAAAAGAGUGGAUGUGCUAUUUGCUAAUUAAGAAACAAAGUGCUUGAGCUAUUGUGAUUAAAUGUUGAGUGCACAUAAUAUUAUAAUAUAUUAAUUAAUGUUAGUUGUAGACUUGUAUGUCUUAUAAAGUAUGCUGUGUUCAUAUUAUGUAGUUGAUUACAAAUAGCAUAGCUAGAUGCCUUAGAAGUGAAGUCUACUAUUUUAGCAUUAUAAUUCUAAUUUAUUGAAGCACUUGUGGUUUUCUUAAGGUGUCAUCACCAAUUACAUAUUUUUAGGGUUGUUGCAUACUUAAUUGUGCAAGAAAUUCUAAAGUUACAGUUUUUAAAGAUAGUCUAGAUACAUUUUAAGGAAUAAAAUUCUUACAUAACUGCCACAAUGAUGUAUUCUUAUAGUUCUCAAAAAAAUCAGCCAUUAUUUUGUCAUAGACAGCUUUAGGGCAAAGAAAGUAGUUAAGAAGACAUGUAGUCUUGCCAUGCUAUUUGAAACCAACUAUACUUUUAUUUUUAAGUCACAGUAGCUUACCAGCAUUAAUAUUGUGAGUUUGUAUAAAAUUUGACACAAAUUAGCCAGGUGCACAAAUUUUUAAAUUGAAUUUCUAUUUAGUUUUUUUUAACGAAUUAAUUUGUAAAAAGGUCAAGUUUCAUUCAUGCUGGUUUAUGUGUUGCGGAUUACAGUGGGGACUGGCUAAUCAUUGAACAUGUCAAAGGGCAAUGAUAAUGUUAAUGUUGAUAAACACUGUUGAAUGUAAAGAACUGUGAUUCAUAAUAGUUCAUUUAAGAACAAACUUUCUGUUAAGUAAUUCACCUUCCCAUAUUUUUAUUAUUUUUCAUCAGUUUUAAUGCAUUUUUAGUUUAUUAUUGGAAUUUAAUUAUUGAUUAUCUCAGUAGGUUGUACAUUUAUUUAGGGCAUUGUUUGUUUAGGUGUAAUAUAUAACUAUAAGAGAUUAUAUAAUAUUUUGUUGGUACACUGAUAAUUUUGUAUUUAUUUUGUACAGUUUUAUAGUUAUUAUCAUGAUACCCUCAACUAUCAUACAAUAUUGAUUUAUUCUGUAGCUUGAAGAAAUGAAUAACAUGAAAAAUUAAUUUUUUUAUAACAAAAAUUAAAAUUAUUUAAAUAUUAAUUUAUUUCAUACACUUUUGUGAUCUAGGUAUCAGUAGUAACAAACUAUUGUGUAAGAACAGAAAUCCACAAGAGGGUGUAUGUUUCCUUUGAUGUAAAAGCAGGCUCUUACCUCCUCAAAAUUGCUUAGAAAGAGCUUACCACCAGCUUAGCCUUGAGAGUUCACAUAUGUUGCCAUACCUCAUCUAAGGCUCUUGAAUCAGUGCAUUGCAUGCUGGUGAUGUAGAUGAAACCUUUAACCAUCUUCAUAGUUGGGCCAUCACAGUAAUGAUGUGAUGGUGGUUACACCACAGAAUGAUUAUUUUAUUGGGAGAAAGGGAUUCCAUUCGGAUCCUGCUCCUCCAUAUAUCCAUACUCGGGUUACCUCAUUGUCACUGAAUGCUUUUAAAGCUCAACUUGGCCCAACCUGUCACAUCUCCUUAUUUGAGGACAGUUUAUUCUCAAGUUCUGCAGAACCUGCCGCGACCUGCAUUCUCCCAGAGAGUUCAUUGGAGUGUCUUGUAUGUCCCCCUAGCAUGCUGAUAUUUAAGGUAGACCGCUUCUAGCCGAUAACUGAGAUGGCGCAGAACUUCCUAUAACAUAGUCAUUGUGUUUAUAUCAUAAAAUUCAAUUUAUUAGUUACUAUAAAAAUGAUAAACAAUUUUGUAGAAUAAUUUUAAUUUAUUAUGCUAACCUCAUCCUGAGUUUUGAAUAAUUAUAAUACAUUAAUAUUUAUUAGUUUAUUCUUGAAGACCAAUGUUUUUUCUCUGUCGGAGCGUAGUUUAGUUCCGAAGCGGUGCUUAAAUGACAUCAAAAAUAAUUCCACAAGAAUCAGUUUUCAGUGUUUUUUUUUUUAUAUAUUUUUUUACACUUUAUUUAAAUUUUUUAAAAUUAUAAACUCCUUUGCCAAAAAAAAAACGGGCACUUUUGAUUAAUUUGAGUACUUUCAGAAUUAAUUGUAAAAGGGAUAUGAUGUAACAAAUAAAAUAAAUAUUAUUAAAUGAUUUAAAAACUC